AUGGAUGAUAACCACAAAAUAUCAAUAACAGUGUGUGGUGAUGGCGGAUGCGGGAAAUCUUCCAUCACACUGCGGCUGGUCCGCAGUCAAUGGACACACGAAUAUGACCCAACUAUCGAAGACUCCUACUCUGUGUCUCGUACCAUCGACGGCACAACUUAUUCUCUACAACUGACUGACACCGCCGGGCAAGAGGAGUAUCGCGGCUUAUGGUCAACGGCGAACCUCGGCUCAGAUGCUUUCCUGCUCGUUUACGACAUCACCAACCCCAACUCCUUACAGGCCCUCGAAUACUUCAACCAAUUGAUCGAGAUGGAGAAGGAGGCAAGGCUCGAAGUAGGCCGCGCGCUCCCAGUGAGCAUCGUCGCUGGGAACAAAUGCGACCUACAGAGCAAUCGACAAGUUGGCGCGCGCGACGGUCUCGAAUGGGCGCGGAAUCGCAACUUCGGCUUCAUGGAGACCAGCGCCCGCGAGAUGGUCAACAUCGAAGAGACUUUCGCAUUGCUCGUCCGUCGUGUGGUUGAGGCUCGCCGACAUCAUGCCAUGGGCAUCACACCCAAUCUACCCAACUCUACUGCCCGCACCCUUCCGCUAGAUCCUCUACCUUAUGGCAGUGAAAAGGAGCUCACAGCGAUUCCCAUGAGUGACGGCUCCGAUCGCAUGUCUGGGCUGCGGUGGUACCAAAAAAUACUUUACCGGGCGAGACGACUCAAAUGCUGGUAG